ACCCACAUCCCACAACUGCAGCCCCAUUGACGACUCUCAAUUGUUGCUGCGAAAGGAGAACACGGCCCGCAAGUUAUGGAUAUUUCACUAUAAAUAAAUAUCGCUUCCAAUAGCCAGAAGAAGAGCAUGUCAAGAUUAAACCACUCUAAUCCGCGUUCUCUGCAUUCGCCUUCUGCAACCAGCUCUGAUGAGGAAGUAGACAUUACCGAAGAUCCUAUCGAUGAAGGCGUGAUUCAGUGCGUCUGCGAUUCCACCGAUGACGACGGAUUCACUAUUCAGUGCGAAAAAUGUCUGGUGUGGCAACAUGCAUUUUGUGUCAAAAUCAAAAAGAACAAUAUCCCUGAACAUUACCUCUGCAAUCGCUGCGAUCGGAAAGCAUUCAUCCAACGACGAUCCGCGGAUUCGUUAAAACGACGCAAGGGAAGCUCUUCUGCAUCCAAUGCUUUAUCACUGGAGAAUAAAGACGUGAAAAGGCCCUUGCCGCCCACCGAUACGUCGCCCAGUGACAACAAAAGGCGUGCGACAAAUAGCACCGACGCCAAAACGAAGAAACAGCAUUUUCGUGACAUUUACAACAGCACGCGUGACAAUGACGAAUGGCAGCCACGUUCCGCUACAGUCAAGAAACCUAAAUUGUCUCAACGGAUCGCCGUACGGAAACGCCCUGUUUCUGACGAUGACGAACAAGACGACGAAGAUCUUUUGGGUUCUCCUUACGAUUUCUCCAGAGUGACUGUCCGAAAACAGAAACAAAAGCUCGCUGCGGAUAAAAAAUCAAAAAUGGGGACCAAGAGCAAGGUAGUGAGACAGAUAUUCAAAGAAGGUCUUGAACAAUGGAGAGAUCCGAAAGCCGCUACUGCUAGUCAGUUUGUCGUGAUGGAUAGUAACACGCUGCUUCCUUCCAUUCCUAAAGCGUCUGCUCGACCGUUAUGGAAAUCACUACAUGGGGCACCUUUAGGCCGCGAUGACCCCUCCGUAAGAAAGGGAGUCUUUGCAGAUAUUCAUAUACCAGCCGAUCGAUUUCUGAUGGAAGUGAACGGAAACGUCAUGCUUAAAUCCGAAUACAAAUGCGAUCCUACCAACGAAUUCCCCAUCCUUGGCACGCCUCGUGCUCAUGUCAUUUUUUAUCCGUCGCUGGAUCUCUGCAUCGACACUAAGAAUAGUCACAGCCAUGUACGGUACAUUCGCCGGUCAUGUCAUCCCAACGCCGACGUACGCUGUAUUGUCUUGCCUCAUGCCAAAGACGAUCAAACCAUUCAUCUUGGCGUCUUUACACGAGAACAUGUGGAUAAAGGGGAAGAAAUCACCAUUGGAUGGAACUGGCAGCGUGGCCAUGUGGCGUGGAAAAAAAGUAUCGAAUGGCAGAAACAGGAAAACGGGAUAAAGGAGCCUCAAACCUUGACAGAGGACGAAAAACGCGACAAAUUGACCGCCAUGCAAAAGAUGUUGCGUCUAUUCACGGAAGAGUUUGGCGAAUGUGCUUGUCGAGAUAAGGAAACGUGUCUGAUUGAGUACAUGAAGGACGAGAUUGAAGAAGACGGAGAUCUCUUGUCAGACGACGGAGAAGGCAUGAAAAAGAAAUCCGGCCGUUCGGGCAGCACCAAAAGUCCACCAUUUCCCAUGAAGACCAAAGGUCAAACUCGACGGGGCAGCGAUGCGGUCUCGCCAAAGCAGAAGAAAGGUAGUGCAAGUGGAAAAUUGAGUCGCCCCGAAAUGGAGACCAUGCGAUUGGAUACGGAGCGAUUGCCACGUUCAGAUUACACUCACUUUCAUGAUUCGGACUUGACCAUCACCAACUCUCAUCUCCCGAACAAACCAUGGGGUAACAAAAAGGCAUCAUUGAAACAUGAAUCCGGUGUCUCAUCUGCCGAAGAGGAUGCAAUGGAAAUUGAUGUAACGACGACUUCGCCGAACUCACGUCGACCUUCCAUCUCUGUCAAAGAUACAGAGAGUGACAGCGAAAUCCUGGAUAUCAUUGGCGACACGGAUGCUUCUGGAUUUGACAACAAAGACCUUUAUCCUUCUGGCCCCCAAAGUUUAGAUACCCAUACCAGGGCAGCCAAAGUACGACGAUUAAACCAUGGUUUGACCGUCUCAUCCGCCAGCAACGGAGAGUCGCUGUCUCCGCAAAAGAUGAUUUCCAAAUUACCCUGCAAAAAGCUCUGGAUGCGCAAUUAUCUGCAAGAAAAAGCCGCUGCUGAAAAGGCGCAAGAAUACCCAGCAUCAAAUCCUUCCGCAUCUUCUGUGAAGAAAGAAAAGGCGGAGAUCUCGCCGCCGCCGCCGCCACAAAAAGACAUUAAUAUUUUCUCCCCUUCUUCGAGCCUUAAACAGGAACCUGUAUCAACUACCGACACAUCAUUCACUACCGUUACUGCCCCAUCCUCUUCCCUCCCAUCCAACUCUUACGCUUUGACCCAAGAGCAGGAGUUUGACGAACUUAUGAUGGACGAUGGACAAUUGAGCGUUGCGAGCUCUGCUUCGACCCUUCCGCUGGACGAUGGUCAUCGAAGCGAUCUUGACGACGCCAAUGAGCUUUCUUUCAAAUCCAUGGAUGAUCAUCAGUUGUUACCAUCUUUGGAACCGUCGGCGGACCCUGCAGCUGUGGAUUUGCCAAGUACCUUGCCCAACGUAUCUGAAUCCAAAGAUGAUGACAUGGUCAAGUCUGAACAGACUGAAAAUGUGCUCAAUGACAUUUUACAGGUGGAGGAGGAAAAGACCACGGAUACAACAGCGCCAUCUGCGUCGACUGUCAAGGAAGAGCACAAUCGUGAAUCAAAUGCCGAGAAGAGCUCCAAAACAGUCGCCUCUGAAGCACGCUCUGAGCUCACCAACCCUGCAUCGAAAGAGGACAUUUGUGCGACCGGUGCCAAUGUCGAGACGACGCAAGCUGUAGAGACCAAACCGGUGAAAAUUAAACUGUCUCUUCAAGAAUAUCUUUCACGGAGGGCAACCAAAGGAGCUGUCCAAGAAUCGACACCUUCAACCUUACCUGCCGAAGCAGCUGAAAAUAUACCUUCGGUUCGACCACAAGAUCCCCAUGAACCUCCCGUUGUCAAUGCAUCAGACACAUCUACACCCACCGUAUCCCUCAACCAUGUGUAAUUUCGCGCUAUUCUUUAAUCUAAGCGCAUGCGCUUUCCACUUUCACCACAUGCGAUUUUUUCACAAAAAUACUUGAUUCUCUUGUGAUUCGUUGCCGCAGCGUUUUCACACAAUUCCUGCAAAUCCCUCCUCCCCUACCCCAUUCAAGGAGUAACUAGCAUCCACUAUUAGCACCAGUACAUACAUUCUAUUUGCAUAUUUGCUCAUGUCAAUCUUUUAAUCAUUGUU